CUUUAUUCAUACUCUGUACACUCCAUAACGACGACUGUGUCGGUUCCGAUUGAUGUAGCCGGGUGGCCAGUAUUGUAACAUUGUUUCCGGGCAUCUGUCUAUUUUCUCUCUUGUUAUGUACUGAUAAGCGACGGACCUCCUGCACCCCGUCGCUCUCAAACAUGGGGCCUAUUGAGUUCAACAAACGGCGCAUCUUCAUCUUGUUCGGCGCCAUCAUCGCCUUCUACAUCGUCUUCCACGGGAUCACCUUCUCCGGGGACAGCCUGAGGGAUGCCUCUGCUCACAUCCCUCUCCCCGGUAGCCUGCGGCCCACCGAACACAAAGAGCCGCCGCCAGACACGACCGAUCCAGAUGAGAUAUGGGAUCUAGAUCCUCCUCCUCCUUCGGCGGCCGCCCCUCCGGCAGGGCAGCCUCCCACCGUAUCCUUGGCACCGGCAACCCCAUCUUCUUCACCUGUAACGCAGCGCCACUUCGACCUCCACCCGAUCGCACAGCUGAUGCAAAGGGCGGACGAGCAGUGGAGGACGUACGAGUCUAGCAUCUCGACUUCGUUCAGGCAGACCGUGGAGAAAUACCGCAGUCGAUACGGCAGACACCCUCCCCCCGGGUUCAAGGAGUGGUACAAAUUCGCGCGCAAGAGAAACGUCUUCAACAUCGACGACUUUGAACAGGUCAUGGACGACCUGAGGCCGUUCUGGGCCGUCAAUGCGUCCGAGAUACGGACGAGGGCCGCGCACAUGUGGGAAGAGGAGAAGUUUGGCGUCUCGGUCAUCCACGUACGGGAUCACAAAAUCUCCCGCAUCGACUUUCCCAGUUGGAGAUCCGAGACCAUGGCGCAGGUCUUGGAGAAGUUUAUUGAAUUCCUCCCGGACAUGGACAUCGCCAUGAACCGUUUGGAUCAACCCCGUGUGGUGGUGCCAUGGGAAGACAUGCAGAAGAUGCUGCAGUACGAGUACGACACGCGCGCCAUGCCUCCCGAGGUCAUGGACAAUUUCACCUCGCACCAACCCGAUUUACUGGACAUGACCGUCGAGAACAAAGAUGACGACAAGUCACGGCGGCUUGACGACGGAUGGUUUUACGCUCCAGGACAACAGUACAUGAAGAUCGCUUCCAAGGCGUGCCCACCGGAAUCUCCAGCACGAUCCAACAUGUCCAUUGCCGCGGCCGACAAUCUCUACAAGGAACCCGUGGCUGGCAUCGUGAGCAAUUUCAACCUUUCCUCGGAUCUCUGCACGGUUGGUCCCGCCGUUCAAGACUUGCACGGCAUGCUCUAUUCGGCUAGCAGUAUGAUAGCCUCCCAUAAACUUGUGCCCAUCUUUGGAGAAUGCAAGGUCAAUGUCAACAGUGACAUUCUCUUUCCCGCAAACAUGUAUUACCGCCACGACGAACGAUACGACUAUAGCGACAAGGAAGAUCUCGACUGGCGAGAUAAAGACGAUACCAUCAUCUGGCGAGGCGUCACCUCGGGAGGUGUCCAGAUCCAGGAGAACUGGCAAACCAUGCAUCGACAGCGACUCGUACAACUCAUGAACGGCACUCAUACUUUGCAAACGGCAAAAGAGGUCAAAGUUCUCACGGCAAAACGAGAAGAUUUGGAUCAGGAAAACAUUACGUAUCAAGUCUACGACCACUUCCAGCCUGCCCACUUUGCCAACCGACACAGCGAUGUUGGUUUUGUCGAAGCCUGGGGCUGCGUCCCGAACUGCAGUUUCUACGACAGUGUCUUCUCGUGGAAACCGCAAGUCUCGUUGACGUCUCAAUUCAAGUCGAAAUAUUUGAUCGACGUGGACGGACACUCUUUCUCUGGGCGCUGGCACGCUUUCUUACAGAGCAAGAGUCUCGGCCUGAAAGCGACCAUCUUUCGUGAAUGGCACGAUAGUCGACUACUGGCGUGGAGACAUUUUGUCCCCGUCGACAAUCGUUACGACGACAUCUACUCUCUGUUGUCGUACUUUAUCGGAUACGGAGAGCCCAACAUGGAGCACGCGAUCGAAAAGGGCGACCUGAACCCGGACGUGUACAUCGCCCCGCACCCCAAGGAAGCCCAGAAGCUCGCGAGACAGGGCCGCGAGUGGGCGAACAAGGUGCUCCGACGGGAGGAUAUCGAGGUCUACAUGUUCAGGCUGCUGUUGGAGUACGGAAGGCUCAUCGACGACAACAGGGACCACAUUGGGUACUCGGGAGAUGGUAGCGAAUUGGACAAGUUCGAUGCCGGCGGUGAGGACAAGGAGCCUGGGAGGUGGGGGAUUGGCGGCUGGAAGGAUUGAGCAAUUCUCUCAACGAGUGAAUUUUGCCGGUCAAGAAUUUGUCAUUCAUUGAUCUUUACGGCACCGGGCUCAUUCGCCGCGCCUCCUUUUCAUUCUUCCAAAGAGGGUACUGGCAUACACACACCAACUCCCAGAUAUACUGUGCUUUGAGCUUGAUGUUCAAGGCUCGACGCAUCGAGUAUUGGCUGAUUGCCCUCCUCGAGGACAAAAUAACUCUGAUGAUGCCUCGGACGUGAGUGGUUCUGGGGAGGAACAUUUCGCAAAGAGCUUUGAAAGGCACGCUCCGGUCGGAAGCAUUCCCCCCUCUGUCCCUUGUGGACGAGUGCUAUAUCUUUGGAGAGACCGAAGCACAAACACGCGGUGCGCCGCCCGAGCGGGUCGACACUUGAACUCUCCCCGCCUUGUUCAGGCACCCAGGUGUGGUGUACCGCCUCGUCAUCAGCGAGAAGGGAUGUCGACUGCCCGUGAUACGUACGAAGCCGGGUGCUCCCGUAAUACUUUUUAAUAGGCUCAGGAGCUCAACCACUUUGACAAUUUUUUCAUCAUUCAUGUACAAGCGAAAGGCGUUGACAGAUUGGAUACCCUCUACAGACUCAUAUCGAGAAAGGCGCGAACAGAGUGAUGCCAAAGCACGAGCGAAAAGGGCCAGGAAAGAAAAAGACACCGACGAGUGGACCGGGUUAUCUGAUGACCAGGGGGGGUAAGGAGGGGGCCGAAAAAGAGAGCGGGGAGAGUGAUGGCAAUAUAUGCACAUACCUCCGUAUAUCUGUCUACUGUAGAGCUUUGACUGGGGUAGCGUUUUCCGUUAAUCUACAUGCUGUCGAGUGUUC